ACAUGAGAAAUCAAAGCGCAAAAGACGAUAAACUGUUCGAGGACAAUGAUAAUGAAUUCCAAAUGGAAUAAACCUUAACAUGUAGAGAAGAAAGGAAAGAACAUGGAAUAAAUAAAUAAAUCAAGAAAUAGAACCUGAGAAUUCUAAAUUCACACGGUUUAGUUACAUCAGUACUACCAUAAACUUACUACAUUAAGAAGGCAGCUGAUAUCACCAUUUUAUGUGACUUUCACAAUAAAUGAUCCUAGCUUUUUGUUAACAAUUAUUUAUCUAGAUCUCGUAAGACCCAUUUCGAUCCUGCGAUAUACGAUGGAGGAGUAAUCCUCUCAAAUGACAUUUCGAUGCCAAAAAUUUGGGAUCCCACCAGCCUGCUAUCACUAUAGCCUUCUCCGUAUGCGUCUCUAUUCCUUUCCUCUUUCCCCUCUUCUCUUGGGCUUCCUGUCUUCCUCAAUAUGAGUCAUAUGACCGAGGAAGACUGUAGUCGUCAGGAUACCAGAGGGAAAUGAAGUGUUGCUUGCGAAGAAGGCUAUGGGAUCACUAAUUGUCCGUGCACCUAAUCAUUGUAAUAAUUGUGUGUUUAUAGUCGUUAAUUAAAAAUUGAUUACAUGUUCAUAAAUAUAAACAAACGCUCUGA